GUGAUUUUUAACAGCAACACAGCGACUGUAACCUUUCCUCCAUAUCCAAAACCACGAAAUCCAUUGUUUCUCUCUCUAUCCCAACAAUGGCAGUCGCUCCAGCCUCAUAUUUUAACUCUACACUUGAUCCAUCCCCCCCUUCUCUAAGCUGCAGCACCAGAAUCUUCGUGGGAUUAAGAGUUCAAUCUCCAAACGGAUGGGGAGUAGGAAAGUCCAAUUUGAAUGUGGAAUUUCGUGAUAAAGUGUACAAAAGCAUGGAGUCCAGAUCCAUUAAUACCAAACCAACAAGGGGUCGUGUAGCAAUGAUGCCUAUUGGAACACCUAGAGUGCCUUACCGAAACCCAGUUGAAGGAACUUGGCAGUGGGUUGAUUUGUGGAAUGCUCUUUACCGUGAGCGUGUUAUUUUUAUUGGGCAAAACAUAGACGAGGAGUUCAGCAAUCAGAUACUUGCUACAAUGUUGUACCUUGACAGUAUUGAGGAUUCAAAGAGGCUCUAUAUGUACAUUAAUGGCCCUGGAGGAGAUCUCACUCCUAGCAUGGCUAUCUAUGAUACGAUGCAGAGUUUGAAAAGUCCUGUUGGCACUCACUGUGUGGGAUAUGCUUAUAAUUUGGCAGGUUUUCUCCUUGCUGCUGGCGAGAAGGGUAAUCGCUUUGCCAUGCCGCUGUCAAGAGUUUCAUUACAAUCUCCAGCUGGAGCUGCGCGUGGUCAGGCUGAUGAUAUUCGUAAUGAGGCUGAUGAGCUGCUACGAAUAAGAGACUAUCUUUUCAAGGAGCUGGCUCAGAAAACUGGCCAGCCAGUUGAAAAGGUUCACCAGGACCUAAGUCGGGUGAAGCGCUUCAACGCUCAGGAGGCUCUUGAAUAUGGUCUGAUUGAUCGGAUAGUUAGGCCACCCCGUAUAAAGGCUGAUGCGCCACGACAGGAUACUACUGCAGGUCUUGGAUAGUUCAUCUUUAUGCCUCGGGCAGAUACGUAGUUACAGAUGUUCUAAGCUUCAGUAGACUUUGGCAUUGAAAAACUCAUUUUUUCUGUUAAUUUGAUGACUCCCUUUCUUGAUAA